AUGUAUAUUUUCGAAGUUGACCUGAAGGCAUCGAUAAAAGAGAAUGAGGUUAAUGCCAUCAAAUGGGAUCCCAAUGGUCACCUACUGGCCUCCUGUUCGGACGACCGAACCCUGAAGGUCUGGGACAUGGACCACGACCAUUGCAUCCACGACCUACAGGGCCAUGCGAAGGAGAUUUACACAAUAAAGUGGAGUCCGACCGGCCCUGGAACGGCUCACCCCAACGCUCCCCUCUGGCUAGCUAGGUACGUGCCCCGCUUCUCAUUUGACUAUUUUUUGGCUUUUAAUUCGCCUCCUUUUUGCACUGUUGGUUGUUGGGCUCUGGGGUAUUGA